AUGUCUGCUGAGUCGCGGCCGAUCGAUCCUGCAGCCUUUGCAGAGGCCCUACAAGACCUCCCGCUCUCAUCAGUCUUUGCUAAGAUCGCAGAGGUAGAGAACUCGACCGCACACCUGGAGCGCUCCAACCUCGAGCUACGGAGGUUUAUCCAAGAAUCGCCUGACGGAGAGACAGAAUGUGAAGAGGCUGUGGCUGAGAAUGAAGUCGUGAUCGGGCGCAUGCGCGAGAGGGUUCGCCUCGUGAAGCUGGAGCUGGAAAGGAGAGGCGAGAAGUGGCCGGAGCCUGCGAGUAAUCUCGAGGACGAAGAGGCUGAAACGGCUGGACGUGAACGCUCCUCUGCGGACGGUCAGGGCCUCUCGCAUGAUGGUCCUCCAGCGAGCUCGCAAGCCAACGAAGGAUCCAACGGCGUGAUGGGCAGCCCUGGUCGUUUCGAGGGGCAGGACGACGGACCUGAGGAGGGCCGCGAGGAUCGGAACGCCGACUUUCUUGUUGACCUCAACCCCAAGCAAGAGAAGCCCCUCUCCUCUCCCCAAUCCCUCACGACCGGCCAUCCUCCCUCGCCCUGCGCCGCCGCCGACUGGCGCCCUGGACUGACGACGAUGAACUCUUUGAAUAUCCUUUCUUCGAGAGUCAUCGGCCAGGCCACUGCGAACAAUUCGCCGCGAGCCCGCUCUCGUUCGCAGGACGGCAUCGCGAACCCCAGAGGUGACCUGGCGGCCAGCCGAUCCUACAGCGAAGGGAAUAUAAACCAGACAAAGCAGCUUGACGGCGCACUCGACGAAGACGAGGAGCAAGAUGCCUUUUCCCGCUUGACGGAAGACGCUGACCAGAAACCUGCCCUCGCGCAGGAGCUGCAGAGGUCGGGCUCGGCUGGGAUGAUACUCCCUAUUACACAACAAUUCUUCGACGCCCUUAUCGAAACGCUAAAGACUAUACUAUCCAUCUUCUCCUCUCCUGCUGUUUAUGUGAGCCGCCGAUUUCGCGGCAGUGACGGCCAAUUUUCGAUUCUAGAACCACUACGGUCGUUGCGUCAAGCUGGUAGGAAGAAUAACUCUCCGAAUACAGACCAGGGGAGAAAUUCUCGUGGGUUGGACAAGGGUUCGAAAACCCGCUAUAGGGGUCCUCAAAAAAUGCAGAACUCGCUGUCAUCUGAGUCCAUCUACUCAAAUACGUCAGAGUCCGAGACUGAUCGGUCCCUUUCGGGUGAACCUGAUGUGCGCAACCGCCAUUCAAGAAGGAAGUCUAGUUUGGCCACGACGGAUAACGACGAAGGAACGCCUAGGCGCUCUAUUAGGAUUAAGAUACAGAAUGAAAGUAAGCAGAACCGCGAGCAAAGGCAACAGACAAGGUCCAAAUCCUCCCGUCGCAAUGAUAUGGAUAGCAGCCCUGUGGCCGAUAGCCUGAAAUCGCCCGUGUCUCCCGCUGUCCGGAAACUCACAAGAUACCCCCAUGCGCCUACUCCUCCUAGACCGUUAAUCCCCCGCCGCCAGCCAUCUUAUCUAUUCGGUGCUCCCCCGUCUCGGUCUCCUCAAAAGACCCUGAUCCUCGAUCUUGACGAAACCCUAAUCCACUCUCUGUCAAAGGGCGGGCGCAUGUCGAGCGGACAUAUGGUCGAGGUUAAGCUCUCCGUACCAAUGGCCACUUCAGCCGGGCCCGGAGCGUCGCCUACCAUACUUGGCCCGCAGCAUCCUAUUCUAUACUAUGUUCACAAACGCCCUCACUGUGACGCUUUCCUACGCAAAGUCUGUCAAUGGUAUAAACUAGUGGUUUUCACUGCCAGUGUUCAAGAAUAUGCUGAUCCAGUCAUUGACUGGCUAGAGCAGGAGCGCAAAUAUUUCCACAGUAGAUACUAUCGCCAGCAUUGCACUAUAAGGAACGGUGCCUAUAUCAAGGAUCUUAGCUCGGUCGAGCCAGAUCUAAAUAAUGCAAUUCCUAUUGAAGGCUGGAUCAAUGACCCUACCGAUAACGAUCUUCUCCACCUCAUCCCUAUCCUGGAGGCGAUGCAGCACGUAACGGACGUUCGGGCACUGCUGGCACUUCGACGAGGCGAGGCGGGAAGUUAG